UGCCCCAGCUCGCCCCUCGCCUACGGCUGGCUCCACCAUUAAAUGGGGUUCUGGGGAGGAGCGCGCGCAUUGGAAAAUCAAGAGCUGGCAAACGGCACUGCUCGGAAAUCAGUCGCCUGCUCCGCCAGUCGCUCCGUGGAUUUCGGAUUUCGAGGAUUUCUUGGGUUUUCUGGCCCAGCGUUCGCAGAGCAGCAGCAAAAAUCGCAGAGCGCAGAAAACGAUUUGGGGAAUAAGUGCUGCAUCGAAAAUGGCUUGGCAGGAAAAAUAAAAUCGACAAAAUAAUUAAAUACGGCCCGAAGGCAUGAUGUGAUGUGAAAAGUGUGAAAAUGCCAGGCCACGCGAAAAAGUAAUCAAGCAAUCAAGUGACCAGAAAAUUGCAGUUCCGCGCACAAUUCGAAUACCAAAAUCGUAUCAAGCCAGCGGCAUGUCCUGCACCGUUUCGGAGCUGCCCAGUGGCUGUCGAUUACGCGGCAUGACUGCAUCCUCCCAACAGAAUGCGGCCAACAAUAGUGGCAAUAAUGGCAACGGGAACGGCAACGGUAACGGCAAUGGCAAUGGCAACGGCAACAGCGGCAGCGGAGUGGGCGGCGGUAUAGGAGGUGGCGGCAGCAUAAGCGGUGUAUCCCCCACGGUCGGUGGUUCCACAUCCAAUGUGCUCCAGGAGUCCAAUGCGGCCACGUUGCAACGGCCGCAGUCGCAGAAGCCGUGCUGCUUCUGCUGGUGUUGCUGCUGUUCCUGCUCCUGGGCCAAAUGCCUGGCCAUUAAAAAUGCCGAUGAAAAUGCGCCCACGAAGCGAGAUCUCGUUAAUUCCGAAUUCCUAGAUGGCGAACAGCCCACACUGGAGGAAAUCCGCAGCUGGGGCAAAAGCUUCGACAAGCUGAUGAAGAACUCAGCUGGCCGAAAGGUGUUCCAGAACUUCCUGCGCAGCGAGUUCAGCGAGGAGAACAUACUCUUCUGGCUGGCCUGCGAGGACCUCAAGAAGGAGGGCAGUGCGGAAGUGGUGGAGGAGAAGGCGCGCCUGAUCUACGAGGACUACAUCUCGAUCCUGUCGCCCAGGGAAGUGUCGCUGGAUUCGCGAGUCCGAGAAAUCGUGAACCGGAACAUGAUCGAACCGACGACGCAUACCUUUGACGAAGCUCAAAUUCAAAUCUACACACUGAUGCACAGAGACUCAUAUCCGAGAUUCCUAAACUCACAAAAGUUCAGGACACUCGCUCAACUGCAAGACAACUCGAAUGCCGGCUCCAAAGCGGAUAGUCCCACUUAGAGAGGAUUUGGCUUGGAUCCCGGAUGGAUCCCGGAUUCAGUUGUGCUGUGUUGAUUUCCGUUAUUGCUCUCCAUUGACAUUUAUGCUGGAUUUCCGGCCCCGCUGCUGUUGCUGCUGCAAUCGACUAAGCAAUAUGUAUCCAUUAGUAGAAUCAUUUCACCGUUUUGCCAGCAGACCAGCAUCUCCGAGAUACUUUUAGUUUUUUUUUUUUUUUAGUUUUUGGAGAAAGGGGAGGAAAUUCAGACGAAUGGCAUUAUACGUGAAACGGAUUCCUUCUCUGCUUACGUUCUAGUCGUUAACAAAACCAAUGAGUUAAGCACUAAACAAAUUGUUGAAACUAAGGAGCUGGUUCGACCACAAAAAACAUUUUUCAUAAAAAGCGGUUCCCCAACAAAACAGUCACCAUUUAUAAAAAAAAACGAGCGACAAAAAAUAGCAUCUAUUGUAAUACUAGUGAUCUAAGAGACGUAUUAAUCAAAUUGCAACAAAGAUUACGGAUCCCGCUAACCGUUAAGUACAUUUAACAGCAAACCACAACUUUUUCCAAAAAAAGAAACAAAAACAAAAACCAAAAAAUCUUUUUAAACGUAUUACAUAAAUUUAUAAAAUUAUAUACACACCAGCAUAUAUAUAUAUAUAUAUAUAUUAUAUAUACAGAUAUAUAGAGACAUUUAACUUGACUAGUUUUGAAAAUCGUUUUAGGUCAUAUGAGUAAUGACAUCGAAGCAUUUUGUAAAUACCACAGCCAAUGACAACACUUUCUACUUUCUUAUAAAGCCCCAUUUAAAAAUGAUGUCCAUUCGUAAGGAAGUCAACCAAACAAAGCCCCAUCUUGAGCUGUAUUUUGAUCCAGACAAACCAAUAUAUAGAUAUAUGGUAUUAUAUGUAAAUACCCAGUAAAAGUCUAACCGAUUCGAAGGGAAACCCAACUCUUACCGAUACUAGAACGAACGCAUAAUUAAACGUAUACUAUAUAUUUCGAUGUCGAGCUGAUUUCCAAGUCGAAAGAAGAACGUUUCGCAAUAUCACUGCCAACAAAAACAAAAAAUCAGAACUCUGCAAGAGAUAUAUAAUAUAUCUUCUUAUAUUUAUGUACAUCUUCGAAUAUAUUGCAAUUAUGUUUCAAGAAAUGCGUUUACACACCUACACAGCGGAAGUUCCAAGAGUUUCCCUCACUCAAACAUCCCUUACCCUAUUUCUGCAUUAACAAAUCUUUAAAUAAUAUAUAUUAAAAACAGUAUUAUAAAAACAAACAAAAAAUAUGAAAAAAAAAAAUGCGAAACACAAAA